GUGUGUGCGUGUGCUGCACCGCAGUAUGCACGUUUUCUAAAGUCUGAAAACCCUUUUUUUUUAUGAGAGGUAAUUGUGGUGUUGUCACACGAAACAAUGGUCGUUGAAGAAAAAACGGAUAUUUCGAAGGAGAAUCAAGAUGGAACGGGAAAGGAAACAAAAACAUAUUCUUUGGAAAUAUUAAAAAUAAUCAAAGAAGCUCAACAACAACAUGGGUUGAGACACGCUGAUUAUCAGAGAUAUCGAGGUUAUUGUUCUAGGAGACUGAAAAGAUUACGAAAAGCAUUGAAAGUGCCGCAGGGUGAUAGACGACAUUUUAAGAGAAAAGAUAUCAUCCCAGCCAUGGUCACUGAUGACAAGUUUUUGCAAGUGCCCUUAAUAAUGGCUGAACGUGCCUGGAGCUACGCAAUGCAACUGCGUCAGGAAUCGAAUACAGAACCCAGAAAAAAGUUUCAUCUGAUAUCCAGACUGAGAAAAGCUGCUUUAUAUUCUUCACAAUUGCAAGAAUUAAUAGAGAAUGUAAAUUGCGAUGCACGUACAAGACUGGAGGCCGAAGCGUAUGUAGCCUGGAUGAAUGGUUCUUUGCAGUUCGAGUUACAACUUUGGAAACAAGCUAUGGAGAAUCUGCAGAAAGCAAAAGUUGUAUAUGGUAAUCUAGCGUCUGCAUUACCGGAAGCAGAGCAGGUUUUGUAUAAUGUGCGCGUCGAGGAAUUGACACCAAGUCUCAGAUAUUGCGCCUACAACAUCGGAGAUAUCAGCGCCAUGGAUGAUCUUAUGCAAAUGCGCGCACAACUGAGCGGCGAGCUGAUGGCCAGCUUAGAUUCUUUGAUCGCUCAAACGCGCGCGAAACAGGCCACUGAGGAGGUAAUGUGGCGUGGAAAAUCUUGCGGCACGGUGCCACCGAGAGCAGCCGGUCUGAUCAUUGCGGAUUCCACGCUUAAUCAAGCUCUGGAGAAAGCCAUUACGAAUCAAGCUAAAAUUGAUCUGCUGGAAGCGCAUCUGAUAGAUUGCAAGGAUGUUUUGUCAAUAGUGCGCGAGAAUUUUAGAAAUGAACUGAAAAAUAAGGAGAACGAAAAGUCAUCAGCAGCGCAGCAUUUAAUUAACUACUUGCAAUACAUCCGUCUGUCUCGCACGUUGGAACGCAAUCUGGCACUGGUGGAGGUGGCGAAACAGAAAAAAGCUAAACCGCAGGACAUAGUACGCCUGUAUGAGGCAGCUAUACACAAUAUCACCGAGAUGUCUCAGCUGCAAGACGAUCCGGAAUAUGUGGACGAGCAAGAGGCAAAGAAAAAGGUUUAUCUAGCCUUUAGAUGUUUCUACAUAGCUCAGGCGUUUGGUAAUCUGCAUCUCUGGCGCGAAGCUCUACUUUUGUAUAAAAAAGCAGAGAACUACAUUACAAAAGCGAUCAAGUGUAACAAGAAACAUUGGAAUCUCUUGGAUAAAAUGAAGAAAACUUUAGACGAGUUGGAAAUGUCUAUAGAAGCUGCAGCGUACGCUGCCCAUGCCAAAAGUCUUCUGGGCGAUACGCAGGAAGACAGAUGCAGCAAGAAUGCUAAGAACACAAAUUCGCUGUACGAGCGUUUGCACGAGUACAGAGAGGAUCCCGCGCUUCUUACGAAGCAACCAAACGUUUAUAUCUUACCACCACCGAUGCGCAGUAUUCCCUGUAAAGCAUUGUUCUUCGAUCUGGCUUUUAACAAGAUCGAAUUUCCUGAGUUAAUGUACAAAACGGGCAAUCGGACUCAACGACCGAAUCAAGCUGGUCUUACUGGCUUCGUCAAAGGUCUCUGGGGUUGGGGAAACAAGUAAAUAUAUAUACAUAUAUAUAUUCUAUAAAAAGUUUUCCAAAAAUUUACACAACAAAAUGUGGUGAAUGUGUAUAGGACAUAUACUGUGUAGUGACGAUAUAUAUGUCGUCACAAAUAAGAUUUUUACAGUGUAUUAAUUCAAAAACAUUUAAAAAUUGCGACAUAAACUAAGUUUCCAUAGCAAUAUUAUGAAAAAUAAAACAUUUUAAUGUACAUUUGGAAAGAGAAA